AUGGUGGAAGCUUCGCGAAAAAGCGCCCUGGCCAUUUCGAAUCCUAAGGAAACUGUCCAAACAGAAUCCUAUGAGGGACCCAUCAGGAUUGCUUUAGAGGAGGUGGAAGCGAAGAAGCUGCCGGAAACGGCUGAAGGGAAGAAGAAAGUAAAUAGCAAGGGCAAGCGGGCAGACGAAGAUGAAGAAGCUCGACCAAAGAAGGAAAAGAAGGAGAAGAAAGAAAAGAAGUCGAGUGAAAAGAUGGAGUGCAGGCGAGAAGAGAAGUGCCUGAAGAAGGAAGAAAAGAGGAAGAGGGCAUCAAGCCCGGAUGUCGACGGAGAAUCCACCAUCACAAGGGUGGAAGAGGGGGUGUCAACACAAGAAAGAGAAUCAGCGCAACCUCAAGAGGCAUCAACGCAUAUCAGAACGGUUGCGACUAAAGACUGA